GAAGAAUUAAAACAGGCACUUUUAGUGGAUGUUGCCAACGAAUCCUAUAAUAUAGCAAAACAUUUAAAAUAUAGAACUAACGAACAAUAUAAGGUAGCAGCAAAUAAUGCUUUGAAAUAUAGUUUUUUCGAUUAUAAAAAUAUCAUUGAAGGCACCGAUUUGGUAGAAAAGGAUAAAAAUAAUGGAAUAAAUAAUAUGCUAAAUAAAAUUUUUGGAAAAAAUGGAGAUAUUACUCAAGAACGAAAAAAAUGGUGGAACAAAAAUAAAGAUUGUGUUCGUCAAGCAAUGUUGUGCGGAUAUCACAAAUGCCAUACAGAUAGUAGUAUUCCUCCAAGCGAACAAUUAUUACCAGAUGAUAAUGAUACAUCACAAUAUUUGUAUUGGAUACAAGAAUGGUAUGAAGAUUUUUGCAGUAAAAGAAAAGAAAUAGGUCAAAAAGUUGAAAAAGUAUGCAAGGAUGAUGAAAGAAAUUAUGAAUGUAAUAAAUGUAUAGAAGAAUGUAAAAAUUAUAAAGAAUUUUUAUAUAUUAAAAAAGGUGAAUGGAAAAAUCAAGAAAAGUAUUAUAAUAAUAAUUAUAAGAGUAGUCAAAACCCUAAAACUCUUCAAGAAUAUUUAAAAUCCCAAAAUACUAAUUUUGAAGGAUGCGACAGUACACAGAACAAAUCCGAUUUAGAUAAUGUAUUUACUAAAACAUAUGGAGAUAAGGAAUCGUUGUGUGGAUGUAAAAAAUAUGAUAAUAUAUAUAGCAGUCAUUCUGGAAAUCAAAAUUGUCAAGGUCUUUUAGGAAAUAAUGAAACAAAAUGGAAAGAUAAUAAAACAGCAGAUAAUAAAGGUAUAAUUCAUUUCAGGAAAUUGCCUGAAAAUAUGUACGUUUCUGCAAGAAGACAAGUUCUUUGCAUAAAUGGUAUAGAUAAGAUACAAAUUGAUGGGAAAUCUAUGGAUGAUAAAAAAGAAAUUUUAAGGAAACAUCUUCUGGAACUUGCAGUUUCCGAAGGAUAUAAUAUAGGAAAAUAUUAUAAAGAAAAAGAAAAAACAAAUGAUACCAAUUCCUCUAAAUAUUCUUAUAGUGUAAAAGAGUGUAAUGCACUUAAAUAUAGUUUUUACGAUUUUAGAAAUAUAGUUAUAGGGAAAGAUUAUUUAGAAUUAAGAGAAGAUCAAAAUAAAAAUGCUACGGAUAC